CUUAUUUGGGAGAAGGCAACUUCAACCCGUCGACUAUACAUUUCCACCUUGCUCAAUACGCGUCGACUCUCCUACUUGUUUCAUUCCGCUGCUCUCUUAAUCACUACCUUUCUCCUGUCAAAAUGCCUCAAACAAACGGCGUAAAGUCGCACUUUGGCCCCGCUAGCGAGAUCCUCGAUCACACCAAGGCCCUCGAGGUCCUCAAGGAAUAUGAGGAGCGCGAUGGUCUGGAUAUCGAGUCCUUGCUUGACUCCAAGAAGCAUGGUGGAUUGACUUACAAUGACUUCCUUGUCCUCCCAGGUUACAUUGGCUUCGCUGCCUCCGAAGUCGUUCUCGAUUCUCCUGUCACAAAGCGAAUUUCCCUCAAGACACCCUUUGUUUCCUCUCCUAUGGACACUGUCACAGAACACGAGAUGGCUACACAUAUGGCACUGCAGGGAGGUCUUGGUGUUAUUCACCACAACUGCUCUGCCGAUGCGCAAGCAGAGAUGGUCCAGAAAGUCAAGAGAUUCGAGAACGGCUUCAUCCUCGAUCCAGUCGUUCUCAGCCGUAACACCACUGUUGGAGAGGUCAAGGCCUUGAAGGAGAAGUGGGGUUUCGGUGGAUUCCCAGUCACUGAAAAUGGUAGACUCGGAUCCAAGCUCGUUGGAAUUGUCACGAACAGAGAUAUCCAAUUCGAGGACGAGGACAGCCAGCCUGUAUCAGCCGUUAUGGUAACCGAUCUUGUCACCGCUGCCUCGGGUACCACUCUUCUUGAAGCCAACAAGAUCCUUGCCAAGUCCAAGAAAGGCAAGCUGCCAAUUGUUGAUACUCAAGGAAACCUUGUCUCCAUGAUCUCACGAUCCGAUUUGACCAAGAACCUUCAUUUCCCGUUGGCCUCCAAGCUCCCAGAUUCCAAGCAACUUAUCUGCGCUGCUGCCAUCGGCACCCGACCAGAGGAUAAGAUCCGUCUUCAGAAGCUGGUCGACGCUGGAUUGGAUAUUGUCAUUUUGGACAGCAGUCAAGGAAACAGUAUGUACCAGAUCGAGAUGAUCAAGUACAUCAAGGAGAAGUACCCGGGAUUGGAUGUCAUUGGAGGCAAUGUUGUUACCCGCGAGCAAGCUGCUUCUCUCAUCGCAGCCGGCGUUGAUGGUCUCCGAAUUGGAAUGGGUAGUGGCAGUGCUUGCAUUACGCAAGAAGUCAUGGCUGUUGGUCGUCCUCAAGCCGCUGCUGUCUACAAUGUCAGCUCUUUCGCUGCCAAGUUUGGCGUGCCCUGCAUGGCCGACGGUGGUAUUCAAAACGUAGGUCACAUUGUCAAGGGAUUGGCAUUGGGAGCUACCACUAUUAUGAUGGGUGGUCUUCUUGCCGGAACCACCGAAUCCCCGGGAACUUCCUUCGUCAGCCGCGAAGGUAAGCUUGUCAAGGCUUAUCGUGGCAUGGGCAGUAUCGAUGCUAUGCAAGAUAAGAAGGCUGGUGCUGGUGCCAAGGACAGCCAGAAGAGUAAUGCUGGAACUGCUCGUUACUUCUCUGAGGGUGACAGCGUUCUCGUCGCUCAAGGUGUUUCUGGAGCUGUUGCCCACCGAGGAUCAGUUACCAAGUUCGUUCCUUACCUUGCCGCUGGAUUGAAGCACUCCCUUCAAGAUUGUGGAAGAAAGAGUUUGGCCGAGCUACACGAGAGUGUUGCAAAUGGUACUACCAGAUUUGAGUUGAGAACUGCCAGUGCACAAUUGGAGGGUGGUGUCAACAUGGAGAGUUAUGAGAAGAAGCUUUAUGCAUAGAUGUUCCCUCGCAAGAGAUUUGAUGAUUUGCGGGUCACUAAAAUGGGUUGGUAGGUCUGAUGGGCAGAACGGAGUUGGCUGGUCGGAUUUAAAUUUUACAUAUGGGUAUAUGAAUUGAUGUUCAAACAUUCUAUCUUGUCCCAUAUUCCCGCUGUG